UCAAAAUCUGAAACAAACCUCUUCAAAAAAAAGAAAAAGAUAAAAAAUGAAAGAAACCAUAGUUCUAUACCCUGCCAUGGGUAGAGGACACCUUGUCCCUAUGGUAGAACUUGGCAAGUUCAUAUUAACUCACCAUAACUCCACCCUUUCAAUCACAAUCCUCCUCCCUUCGCCACCCGACACCGCCACCAUCCAAUACUUAACCACCGUCUCCGCCGCCGCACCUUCCAUAAUCUUCCUCAACCUUUCACCUUCACAACAUUUACUCCGCACUCUCCAAUCCAUCAUUUCUCAAUCUUCCAAACCCAAAGCCUUCAUCUUAGACUUCUUCAACCACUCUGCCGCCAACGUCACGGCGGUGCUCGACAUCCCCACCUACUACUACUUCCCCAACGCCGCAAGCUGCGUCUCUCUCUUCCUCCACAUACCAACCAUCCACCACAACACCACAACCUCCAAGACGGGUUCCAACUACAUCAACAUGCUUCGAAGCAUCCCCGGCUUGCCACCACUCUCGCCGGAGGACAUGCCGGAACCCAUCCUUGACCACCGGAGCCGGAGCUACGAGUCGUUCGUGAAGAUGUCAAUCGAAAUGAGAAAAACAAACGGUUUAAUCGUUAACACGUUUGAGAAACUUGAGAACAAAGCAUGCUUGGCAUUGAAGAAUGGAGAAGAUUGUGUUGAAACACAACAGCCACGUGUUUUCUUUGUUGGGCCACUCGUUUCCACGAGUAAUGGUGAUGGUGAUGAGUGCCUGAGUUGGCUCGACUCGCAACCGAGUCGAAGCGUUGUGUUUCUUAGUUUUGGAAGCUAUGGAAGGUUCUCGAAGAGUCAAAUAAGAGAAAUAGCGGUUGCGUUGGAGAGAAGUGGACAAAGGUUUUUGUGGGUUGUGAGGAACCCUAAUUCAAAUGUGGGAGGAGAGUUGAAGUUGGAGGAGUUGUUGCCAAAAGGGUUUUUGAUGAGGACGAAAGAGAAGGGAAUGGUGGUUGGAAACUGGGCCCCACAAGUUGCGGUGCUGAGUCAUGACUCAGUUGGCGGGUUUGUGACUCACUGCGGGUGGAACUCGGUGUUGGAGGCGGUUUCUUGGGGUGUUCCGAUGGUGGCGUGGCCUUUGUACGCGGAGCAGAGGUUGAAUAGAGUGGUUAUGGUUGAGGAGAUGAAGGUGGCUUUGCCGUUGAAAGAGAACGAUGAAGGGUUUGUCAGGGCAACUGAGUUGGAGAACCGAGUUAGAGAACUUAUGAACUCGGAGAGUGGGAGAGGGAAAGAGGUUAGAGAGAGUGUUUCACGUGCUAGAAAUGAUGCCGUCGCCGCCCUUAGCGACGGUGGAUCUUCCCGUGUUGCUUUGAACGGGUUGGUUGAGUCGUGGAAACAUUGAUGCCUGGUCAAAGAGUUUUUUUAAUUUUUUUUUCUUGCUUUGUUGUAAUUUAGUUGGGUCAACGUUG